UGCUCAAAGAAUAUAUUCUUCUCACCGGCGAGCAUAUAUUCCGCCUUUUCUAUUUUACUCGCUGGAACGGCUGGCGAGACAGAGAAGGAAAUCGAGAAAGCUCUUCACGUGACCCACCAAACCGAUCAAACGAAGCUUCACAAUGCGAUUGCAAAAGAUUUGAACAACCUUACUCGCAGCACCCCAGAGACGAAAGUCUGCAUGGCGAAUAAGAUAUUUUUGGAUGAGGGAUUUCCUAUCAAAAGUGCUUACUCGUCGCUUGUUAGUGGGUGCUACUCAGUGACUCCAGAAGGGCUCGCGUUUUCGGACCCAGAGAAAGCUCGAGCCCAUAUAAAUCAGUGGGUGAAAGACAAGACAGAACAAAAAAUAGGUGAACUCUUCCCUGCGAAUAGUAUUAACCACCAAACAAAGAUGGUUAUUGCUAAUGCCGUCUACUUCAAGGGUCUUUGGGAUUUACCUUUUGAGAAGUCCAACACCAAAGAUGACAAAUUUACCCUGUCUGAUGGGAGUAAGAAGGAUGUAAAAUUGAUGUACAAGAAUAUCGAGAAGGCAAUGUACAGUGACUUUGAAGGUAUGGACGCCAAGGCUGUUUGCCUUUCUUUCAAGGAGUCUGGGCUGAGUAUGUUCAUUCUGCUCCCGAAUCGAGAAGACGGACUGCCGCAGUUGUUGAAAAAGCUCUUCACUGUUGGCCCUACCCCCGAUGGCUGUGGGGACAAGCGUUACCUCGAUAUGUUCCUCUCAUCCAUGUAUUAUUAUACGCAAGAAGUCAAUUUAUAUCUUCCGCGGUUCAAAAUAGGUGAAAAUGACCCCUCAAUGAGCCUUAUUGAGAAUAUGCAGAAGUUGGGUGUCAACAAAAUCUUUAGUCAUACCAUCGCUGACUUCUCGGACUUGACUGACUUAAAAAACCUUUGUGUGUCUUCGAUCCUUCAUCGCGCUGUACUGGAGGUGGGUAAUGUUGACGAGGAGGGAGCUGAGGCCGCGGCUGCCACUGGAAUUGGUAUCAUGAUGAUGUGCUUGCCUCCGCCACCGGUUGACUUCAAAGUCACACAUCCAUUUGUGGUUGCCAUAGCCGAUGACGAGGGAUCACCUCUGUUCCUGGGUCAUGUUUCCAACCCAAAGUAG